ACAACUAUCACCUAUAAAUAUAAAAUUAUUGUCCAUUUAUUGCUGAAUUUUCACAAGUUCAGAAAUUUUAUUCUCUCUUGGCUCUGUCUCUCUCCAGCCCGUCUCUCUCUCUCUCUCAGCUCUCUCCGUCGUGUAACUCUCUCUCUCUCCGACGCAGUCAUCUUCCUCCCUCAGCCAUCCAAGCUUAACUCCACAGUUCACAUCCACGAGGAUAUCAGGAACUCAAAUGAAGGCUACAGCGUGUCUUGCAACUUGAAGGUGAUGUUGUUGUUGCCGUCGCUGACAGACUACUUUUCCUGGGUUGUGGUUGGUGGGUGUUAUUGCGGAUGCUUACAAGAGGUAGAGUUGUUUUGUGCCCAGAAGAUUGUGACUUUUUUGAAAGUUCGUAAAUGGAAAAGGCAGCUGCCCCUGCGGCUUGGAACCCUCAAUUCGGAGGGUCUGAAGAACAACCAUGUAGUAAGAAAGUUGGAGAAGCGUCAACAGAUUUGCACCCUUGACCAACAUAUUGAAGAGCAAUUUGGUGGUGGUUGUCUGUUGGCUUGUAUUAUAGCAUGGGUUCGUCCGAGUGCUUAACGGUGUUUAUCAUGUUUGCAUCUCAUGCCUUAACUCCCUCAGUUCUCUCGGGCAGCUGUCAAAUUGUUUGAAAAUAAUUGCCCACUUUUAAUUUGUUGAAGACUUACCUUGUUAUAUGUUCAUUCCCUUACAUGGCACAUAAACUGUUUCCAUUUUGAAGUUGAACUAUUUCGUACACCUCCAUAUAUCAUGUUGAUGAGCACUA